GAGAGAGAGAGAGAGAAGGACGACAGAACGGCUGGCGCUGUCGCGUGGGUCUCUGCGAAGAGAUCGCUCUGAAUUUCAAAAAAUAGAGGGAGCCAAGGCAAACGGCCGAACUGCCAGCCUCUCUCAUCUUUUUUCUUUCUUUCUCUGGAGCCCUAAGUCCGGCGAGGCGUCGGAAGUCGUGGGCGGUCCGGCUCUCCGAUGCCCUAAUCUCUGGGGCAUCUUCCUUCAUCCUGUCGGAGGGCUGGAGAUGAGCGCCGCGAAGGAUGUUGAAUCACGAGAAGGCUAGGGUUUUAGGGCGGUCCAAGAGCCGGAGGUGGCGGCAGGGCCGGACGGGCGUCACCAUAUCUGUUUCCCUUGUCCUUCUCCUUGCCACCGGCGCCUGGCUGUCCCUCGUAUUCUCCGGCGGUAGUCGUCGCCGCUGCUGGCACAAGCUCAAGGAAUGGGAGGGCAGCCCUCGCUCCUUCCCCUGGCAGCCCGAUGAGGUUGAUGCCUCCGCUGGGUCCUUCCGGAAGACGUCCGGUCCCGUUCGUGACGGAGGCAGCGGAGGCCGGGAUGACAGGGAGGACGAGCAGCUGUCGUUGAGACACAUCGAGUUCGGCAUCGCCGGCUCCGCGCAGCUCUGGAGCAACAGAAAAGAGUUCGUCAGGCUGUGGUGGAGGCCAGAGGAGAUGAUUGGUCACGUCUGGCUGGAGGAAGUGCUCUCGGAGGAGGAGGGUUUGCCGCCGAUUAGGGUUUCUGAGGACAUCUCCAGGUUCAGCUAUACUAAUCCGACGGGGCAUCCUUCGGGGCUGAGGAUUUCGCGGAUAGUUAAGGAGAGUUUCCGGCUCGGGUUGCCCGGGGUUCGGUGGUUCGUCCUUGGGGACGACGAUACGAUCUUCAACCCAGAUAAUUUGGUUCGGGUACUGGCCAAGUAUGAUCAUAACGAGAUGGUCUACAUCGGCGGGCCAUCGGAGAGCCAUUCAGCAAACACCUACUUCAGCCAUUCGAUGGCAUUCGGCGGUGGUGGGAUCGCUAUCAGUUAUCCGCUGGCGGAGUCAAUCUCCAAAAUGCAGGACGAGUGCUUGGAGAGGUACCCGAAGCUCUACGGGAGUGAUGACCGGCUUCACGCAUGCAUCUCUGAACUGGGAGUCCCACUCACGCGGGAAUAUGGAUUCCAUCAAUGGGAUAUAAGAGGGAGCGCUCACGGACUUUUAUCUGCACACCCCGUUGCACCAUUCAUUUCUAUUCAUCAUGUGGAAGCAGUGGAUCCGAUUUACCCUGGUUUGAAUUUACUCGAUAGCCUGAAGCUCUUCGCCAGAGCAAUGAAAGUUGACCCCCUGAGCUUCUUGCAGCGUUCGGUUUGUUAUGAUCGUCGACGCAGGUUGACGUUUGCCGUUUCUCUGGGUUAUGUUGUUCAAGUGUUUCCCAACAUUGUGCUUCCUCGUGAUCUUGAAAGGUCCGAGCAGACGUACAUGGCUUGGAACAGAUUGAGUAGUAGAAACGAGUUUGAUUUCGAUACAAGGGACUCCUACAGAUCGACCUGUAAGAAGCCAGUGUUGUUCUUCCUGAGAGAUGUCCGUAAAGCGGGGAAUUCUACAUUGGGUACAUAUACAAGAACAAAAGGGAAAGAUGAACUGAAAAGAAGGGUAUUGUGCUUCCCCAGAACCCUUCCUCUUCGUGAAGUGAAAGACAUUCAAGUGAUAGGGAAACCCCUCAGUGAGAACUGGCACUUGUACCCUCGGAGACUCUGUUGUCAAAUGACUGUUAAUAUCAACAAUACCCUCAGAUUGGCAGUUGGGCAAUGCGAAAGGGGGAAGCUUUCAUCUGUGGCUGAUAUCUUGUGAAUAUGGCUGAGUACCUAUUUUUGCUUUUUUCCUCGGAGAAUGAUUCUGGCAGCUUUAAGAGGUGGAUUUACUUUAUACGUGUGGUGCAAUUGACAUUGAAGGUUCUUUACAGCAUCAUAGAUUCUUGAAGCCCACCAUCUAUUAAAGCAAUCUUCCUAAAUCGUCCAUACCUUUUUGAAUUCAGAUUCCUGUAACUUCCUACUAAGGUGGUCCGUUGAUUUGGGUGGGCAUGGUUUUCAAAUGCUAAAGAUCAUUCAGAAUUAGAUCUUGCUUACAGGUUUAGAAUUGAAACCUGCAGCAGGAGAUAAACCUGCAACCAGCCAACCUUAUUCUUUGCCUUCUCUUUUUCCAUUAGAAGGUGCUUCUUCAUAAAAGCAGGUUCAAAUAGGGCAUGGACACUGAGGACUUUUAAACUCAGUUGUAUGAUUCUGCUCUUAAAGUUGAUGUAUCUUAAGGACUGGUGUUACAAAUGGUAUUCUUCUUAGUUUUUUUGUGAGAUGAAACAACAAAAUACCUGUACUCAUUACAGUGUGGAGUUCAAGUUUAGUGCUCUCUGGAUAGUGAAUAUUCUUCUUUGCACAUUGACAAUGCAUGAAAAGAAGCUGUGCAAUGCAA